AUGCCAUUAUCAAUAUUGUUAAUCCAACACAUUAUUAAAACUAAUGAGAAAUCUGGUAAAAGUAAUGUUAAGAUAUAUUGCAAAGCAUGUGUUGAGGCAUUGGGUAAGAAAGAUGCAGAAAUUUUUGCACUUUCUAAUAACGAAGAGGUUUCAAAACAAAAACGGCCUGCUUCACCUAAUUUGUCAUAUGACACAGCAUCCAAUUCUUCAAAACCUUCACAUAAAAUUGUACGAUCUUCUUCUUAUGGACUUCUUAAUGAUUAUGCAACAAAUGUGAAAAAUGAGCAUUUAUUAGAUAUAAUAGUUACUACUUCAGGAGGCAAAUCACACAUAUGGAAAGCAAUCAAUAUUAGCUUGGAAAGAGAAUCAUACGUUGAAGUAAUUGAAAAAACCAAAGCAAUGAUAGAUGAGUUAAAAAAUAUGGAAGUAAAGGUCUCAGCAGUUGUCACAGAUAGUGCUGCACCGUAUGCAGCAGCAAG